AUGAGCGCCUCUGAAUCUACAGAUGAAAACUUACAAUACACAUACCACACUAAAUCAGAAACUUCAGUACCUAAAGCUUCAGGAAGAAGCGAUACCCGGAAUACUCCUUUUGAAGGUCCUGGUGUUGCAGAUGUUAUAGUGGGCAAUGAACCAAUCAGAAGACCUGCUCUAUAUAAAAGACCUGAAACAAAUAUUCCUAACAUAUGUGUUGAACCGUCUUCACAGAACUUCAAGAGUCAUUUGAAAAAAUUGCAUAUUGCUGUUAAUAAGAUUUUGGAAAAUGACCGCCUUACUAAAUAUAGAAAUCCGUCAAAAAAGAAUUUAAAAGAAAAUCAGGAAGCUUGUGAGAAAAUGUUGGAUGCCGUUAGAGAGCUCGGGUCAUUUAUUGUUCAGCGUCGAAACACAUCUCCAAUUAGUCAUCGCAUUCGAUCUACUAAGGAAGUGCAGUCCCGCUUUUCUAUGAGAGUGCGAUCAAAAAGCACUACCCAUGAUGAUUCAAUUAGCCAUAAACGAAAUUUAACAGUAAAGAUGGGGCGUAGUCUCAAAUCAGUCAGACGUACUACAUCACUGACUAAGAGGUCAAAAUCUCCAAUCAAGCGCUCAUUUUCCCCUUAUCCGGUGUUUGAUACUGAAUACUCCUGCUGUUCCAAAAAGUUAGAAAAUUUCAAGGGUGUAGAUACAAAAUAUAGAUUUCCAGUCAAAAGCAAUACUUUUAUAGCUUCAAACCAGGAAACUGAAAGUGUCCAGGCUUCAGAAGAUUUUACACAUUCAGAGAUUGCUUGUUUAGAAGCUGAAUUAUCACAUCGUGAUUCUUUAAUCCAAUAUUUAUCAGCAGAAUUAUUAAAACUACAUCAAGAUAAUGAUAGAAUAUUUAAUGAAUAUGAAUUACAAGAAGCUAAUUUAACUAAAUAUUUACAUUCAUUAAGAUCACGUUUAAUUGAAACAGAUCAUAAUUUAGAUCAACAACAAUACAAUACUACUACCAAUACUACUAAUACUACUAAUAAUCCUACAACUAUUAUCCAUUCUAUGAAUACUGAUUACAUAACACAUAUUAAUCAAUCAAUAUCUGAAACUAUCCAUUACAAUAAUACAGAUUCUAUUAUACAUCAUUUCGCUAUAGACAUUCAUAAUAAAUUAAUUCAUCCCGGUAAUUUAAAUCCAAUUCAAAAGAUACAACAAUCAUUUCUAUCUGAAUUACAAGAACUUCGUAUAGCAACAGAAAAUCUAUUGACUUAUUGGGAAGUAAAGAAUCAAGAAGUUAAUUAUUUUACUAUAUGUCAACAAUUUUUUAAUGCAUUACUUCAUUUUUGUAUGAUUUCAAUGAAACAAUCAUCUCCUAUUGAAGAAUCAGAUCCAUUUAAAGAUCCAAAUUUGAAUGAUUUACAAAUGAAAGCUAAUCAUGCUGAACAACAAAUUAUUGAUUUAUCAAAUGAAAUAAAAAAUUAUCAAAUUGAACUUAAUCAAUUAAAUGAAAAACUUAAAAAAACCCACAUAGCAACAACUAAUAAUAAUGAGAAUUAUCCAUUACUUAGUAACUAUUUUCUAUCUUCAACAAAUUCUUCUUCUAAUAUUGAAAAUAUAAAUUUUAUAGAUAAUCAAUUUAUGGAAACUAAUCAAUCACAAUGUAUAUUAUCAUUAGAUAGAGGACCAAGUUUAUUAGAAGAUCCAACUAGAAUACCACCACCAUUGAAGUCUACAACAAUGGAAAGUGAUAUUUCAACCAUAUCUAUUUAUAAUUCAAUCAAUAAUGUACUUCAACGUUUAUUGGUGUUGCUAUCUAAAAAAGAAUCAAAGUUACCAAGUAAAGAUUCUACAUUAUGGGCUGUUAAUAAAGAAGAUUAUGAUACAUUACAUGAAGCAUAUCAUAUAAUUGAACAAUUUCAAUGGUAUAUGCAAAAUAAUAUACCUUCAUCAUCAUCAGUUAAAUCAUCUAGUGUAGUUGAAUCACAAUCUUCAUUGUCAACAUCAGCCUAUUAUAUACCAGAAUCCAUUAAUAUUGAAAUCAAUAGAACAAAUGAAACUGAUACAUCAACAUCUAUUGAAGUACCAUCUAUAACAAAUUCUGAUAAUGAGACAAUUAUUAGCUUCACAGAUCAGUCAAUUACUACUGCUGCUUUAACUUGUAAUCAACAUAAGAUCAAAGAUAGUCAAGAAAUAAUUAAGAAGGUAAAUGUUGAAUCAUUUAAAGUAAAAGAAUCAUCUUAUACAAAGUAUACAACAAAAUCAAUUCAAUUAACAGAUAUGUAUACAUCUACAAGUGAUCUAUUAACAUUGUUUAUUAGUAAAGAUCAUAAUGAUCAGUUGGAUAUGCAACAGUUUAAACAAAUGAAUGAUCAGUCAUUAUCAACAGAUGAUCUCAUUCAGACAACAUUACUAGAAAAAUCAGCUUUACGUGAGUUACAAGGGAAGUUUAAAUGUUUAAAAGAUUCUUGUACCCAUUUGAUUAGUCAAUAUCAAAUGUUUAAUCAGAUAUUAUGUGAACAAUUAAAUUCUGUUCAUUCAGCAUUUAAUGAAUAUAAAUCUAAUAUAUCUUUUUCUAUUUCCUAUCAAUGUAAAGAUGUAUGUGAUUCAUUUAUUCAAACUGAUUCCUUCAGUAAUUUGCACCUACUGACUACUGACACAUCACAUAGACAAAUACCAUUAGACCAUGGAGAUUUACAUGAAGUCGAAUACUAUCAUAGUUCAUGGCCAACAGCUGAAGUCAUCCCGAGCGAUACCAUAAUAUCAUGUCAAUCAGUGUUAUCAACAGAUAGUUGUACAUCUGAAUUAUCUCAAUUAAAACAAGAGUAUGAAAUUUUACAAUCAAAAUUACAAAAAUCUGAAAGGGAAGUAGACGUAUUACGAAACAGCCUAUCAGAUAUCGAAAAUCAUAUUACAUUAUCUAUAACCGAUCAUCAUUUUAUCAAAUUACAGCGUAUUCUAGAUGGUGGAGGAUUUCCUGAUGUACAAUCAUUGACUAAAGCAUUUUUAAAUCAAAUUAGCACAAUUCUAUCUAAUUUAAGUCAAAAUAUACCAGAUCAAGAUCAUCAUAUGAAAUAUGAAUCAAUCGAUCCAUAUCUUACUGACGAAUAUGAUCAUCAAAAACAUCGACUUUAUUCAGCUGAACAAUCUUUUAUCCGUCUAACUGAAUUACAUGACAUUUUACAACAACAAAUCCUAAAGAAGCAAAAUACUUUAGUUGAACCGAUUGAACAGGAUACUUAUCCAUUCAACCGAGAAAUCGACAGAUUACUACAAGAUGAAAAAUGUGAAAUCACGGAUUUGGAAUUGACAGAAAAACUUCAAUCUGCGCUAAAUGUUAUAUAUGAAGAAUUAUCUUCAUGUCAACAACUAGUUGAGAAACUGUUGAGUGAAAAAACAGAACACUGCAAACUUAUUGCUAUGCAAGCAUCACAAAUAGAAGAAUUGACUAAGAAAUUAAUUGAUUAUGAUUGUAAAUUAAAAGCUUAUUCAAGAGAGCAUAACAUUGUCCGACGUAAUCAAGAGAUGUAUAAUAGUAGUUGCUAUGAGAACAAUGAAGAAAAAAUGAAAAAUGAAUAUCAUAUAUAUCACCAUGAUUCAAAUAUUAAUGCAUUUAUGGAUUCGUCGACAAAAGAGAUUAAAAGUAA